GUGGUGACUGGUCAGUGACAGUGGUCGCCCUCGAUACAGAGGAAGUGCGGGUGACGCCCGCGUUUUGCGGGAUGCAUUCCUGUUGCUAUAGACAUGAUGCACGGAACCUGUGCUGUUGUGGCGCUGCAAUCUGUGCAUUCCCCUUCUCAAAGGCCUCAAUUGGACGCACUUCUGAGCCUUGCGAUCGUCGCUGUCAGUUGUCUGUGUGCUGCAGAAUUCAGAUGCAUUCCUUCGCUGGAGCUCUCAACACGGCAUGUGGCUCCUUGCUUGAAGAGACCACCAUUUUUGCCGCCUCCCGAGCGCGCACCCGAGUACGCACCAAGGAUAGUAGUCAAUUGGUUAGUACUGCAUUCUACAAGCACAUACAAGCCCCCUCUGGACAUGUUGGACUUCCACUAGACUCGCUCUUGCGGCGCACAAGUCACACUAGCAAAAACCAGUUCACCUCACAGCAAUCACAUUCGGCACCACAAGCAACAAAAGCCAGAAAGCUUCACCAGAGUUUCGCGAUGCAGACGCAAGUUGCGCCCAACCUGGAUAAUUGCCUGCCAGAGAGUGAGCUCUCUGACGAGGAGCUUCUAGGUUCUGACGCCGUUCCUGCCCUGGUCCAAGACGCGCUAAUCUGGUGCAGUCUCCACGGCCUGCUUGUCGGAGAUAAGGAUGGGAAGAACUCGGGGGUGACUCCGGGAGUCGGACUUGUGCACGCACCGGUGUCUUUGUUGCCAACUCCUUUUCCAAGGCCCCUGUUCGAACAAGCGGUUGAGGUUGCGCCCAUCUUCAAUGAGCUGGUUGACAAAGUCAGCCAAGACAGCGAGUUCCUCUUCAGUACGCUGGAAAGGGCAAGGAAGACAGACAGCUUCACAGCGGGUUUGUUGGACAUAUACCGUGCCACUCUGGACAAGGGGAUCAAGGAGGACAUUCGAUUGGGGCUGCAUCGGAGCGACUACAUGCUCGACAAGGCCACCGGGGGCCUGUUGCAGAUUGAGCUGAACACGAUAUCGUCCUCAUUCGCGGCGCUCGGGACGCAAGUCAGCAGGCUCCACAGGCACAUUGUCAACCGCGCCGGGGCCAGAUCGAAGCUGGAGCCUCAAAACGUACCCGAGAACGCGUCCUUCGAGGCUAUGACAGAUGGAAUCGCCGAGGCGUGGAGACAGUACGGAGACGACGAGGCGGUGGUUCUGUUCGUAGUGCAACCGGCGGAGCGCAACAUGUACGACCAGCUGUGGAUGGCGGACCGCUUAUGGGACGCGCACGGGAUUCGCAGCGUGCGCCGAACGCUGACCGAGAUCGAGAAGGACGGGGCGUUGGACGGAGAUCGCACUCUGAGCAUAAGCGGCCAACGGGUGAGCGUGGUUUAUUUCCGGGCCGGCUACACGCCCACCGACUACCCGUCCGACACCGAAUGGCGGGCCCGCCUGCUGAUGGAGGAGUCGUCUGCGGUCAAGUGCCCGAGCAUCUCGUACCACCUGACCGGCGCCAAGAAGAUCCAGCAGGAGCUUGCGCGCCCGGGCGUCCUCGAACGCUUCAUCACGAACGAAAAGGACGCGGCUCUUCUACGGCGCCACUUCGCGGGACUCUGGGCUUUGGAGGGGGAGGGAAGCGAGGAGAUCAUCGAGAAGGCGAUCGCGGAUCCGGAGGGUUUCGUGCUAAAGCCGCAGCGAGAAGGAGGAGGUAACAACAUCUACGGCUCAGAUGUCCCGGCAAAGCUGCAGGAGCUCCAGGGCACGGACGGGCUCGCAGCGUACAUCCUCAUGCAACGAAUCUUCCCGCCAGUGAAGAAGUCGUACCUGCUGAGAGGGGGCGAGUGGAGCCAGCAGGAUACGCUUUCUGAACUGGGCAUCUUUGGGACUUAUUUAAGAAAUGGGGAAAAGGUGGUCAUCAACCAGCCCGCGGGCCAUUUGUUGCGGACGAAAACGGCGUCGUCGAACGAGGGAGGUGUGGCCGCGGGUUACGGGGUGAUCGACAGCCCGUACCUCACAAGCAAGUGAGGCAGCGUCCUUAUGCCAGGUCAGAAGAUACCGAGUUAAGAACACGUAUAUUGCGGACUUGACAAUCAGAGAAACAAAGCGUUGUCCGGCAUUGCAAUGAACAGAAAAACUUGUCUUACUUUGUGGAGGAAAGAUUUAAUACUUACUUGGAGCUACUGGGUGCUUUUCAAUUUAAUCACAGCAGCGUUGGCAGUUUUUCAGUGCAUGCAGACGUGACCUAGUUUUGCUGUGAUUCUGCAUGAUCAAUGCUAUACAGAGAUAAAGCGCCUUGGAAUCAGCAAUGGCACA